UGUUUCACACUGUGGGCGAGAAAGAGAGGUGCGCAUGUAGGAAAAAAAUGGACUGCGCACUUUGGUCUCUUUGGCUUUAUUUAUGAAAACGUCCUCCUGCUGAUCAUGCUCGACGCCGAUGUUGGUUUCGCAUUUUUACGCAGCCAUCCAGCCUCUUCCUCCUCUGAUCAAACGGCGUCACAUGCAGCAGAUGAGCACUUCAGUGCUUCAGAUAACAUGUCUUUGGGUGAAUGCCGCAGCCCACAGCUUUUGGACCAGCACCGGAGGCCAGCAUGCCCAGAGGAGAGGACGUUUUUAUAACGCUUGCGAAUCAUAUUUCUUAAAUUUUGGGAGUUAACAUCAAUUUAAAGACGUGGCCAUGGGUGAUGAGAGUGGCUUUGCUCGGCAGGUGGAGAGUGUGGAGAGGAGCGUGGUGUUCCUCAGGCAGGAGCACCUCACUUUGCUCCACGGCCUCCACCUGGAGAUCCUCUCCCUGCAGAAACGAUGCUCAGAGUUGACGAGUGACCUGAAGGUGAAGCUUCCAGGCAGAAGCCAAAUAGAGUUACAGGAGGAGGAGGAGCUCCUGGAGGUCCGCUGUCAGGAUGUGGAGGACCGUCUGGCCGAGCAGGAGUGCACCUUAGGAGAGCUUCGUAAGGAGCUGGGUCACAAGGGGGUCUUAGUUGGAGCCCUCAGAGCCAAUCUCAAGGAAAAGGAGCGCCACUUCCUGGAGGAGCUCAAACGCCGCAGCCACUGCUCCACCAUCCUGAACACGGAGCUGCAGAAACAAACAGAGGCAGCAGCAUACCUCUCCUUCCAGCUGCAUGCUGCCAGGCAGAAACUGCAUCACCAGCGGAUGCAGCAGAGGCAGAGGCUCCUCGCCAGAGCCAGCAGUCAGGGCGCCCAGUACAGCGGCGAGCAGAACUCAGUCUCUCCACAGAUGCCACCAGGAGCCUCCCCAUCAUCUCCGGUGGUUAAACCCAAGCGCAAGAGCACUAGGUCAGCCUCGAGAGUGGAGCGUGCCCGGGAGUGUGUGCCGAUGGAGAAAGUGAUGGGCCCUGCAGAGCCCACAGCCAUGCCCGACCCCGCACUCUUCCUCCACCCCCGGAGGCACAGAGCCCGCUCCAGGCACAGUCUGGCACAAAGACCGCCUCCAAUGAGCCUGGAAAAGGAAGAUGAGGAGGAAGAAAGUGGGGAUGGGCCAGUGGAGCCCCAAGAGGAAGCUGCCAGGCUGGUGUCUUCAGCUGCAGCGCCCCCUGCUGCUGAGACCAAGGCAGAUUAGCAACUACUGUGACCUGUGCCCUAAAAUACAGUUUGAUUACUGUAAUUAUCUUCUGUCAGACUGUUAAUACUGUUAACUGUUGUUCUGCACCUUGACUGAAUUGAUACUGGGACUGGUUUUAGCUAUUGAAUUAUAGUACACUUAGCAUAGACACUUUUUUAAUAAGGACUUUGAUAUAACCUUACUUAAGAACUUGCAAAGCAAAACUCAGUAAGUGUCACUUUAAGUCGGUCUUAAAUGAAAUUAGAAUUAUCUGUUUACACUGGUGUCACAUGCUCUGUAUACUGUGGGGCCUUAUUUGAAAGCAAUCCCUUUUUCAUUUAUGGUGACGGUGAGGUUGACAGUGGCCCUGCCAACUGUGACUUUUCAAGGCAAACCAUAAAUCAUCCCAUGUGGCUAAACCUUUGUGUGGCCACUGACCGAGUCACAGCUGAAAAUAUCUGAGGUGGGGGGUCGGUCACAUUUGUGUGAGUCCGUCAUGUGAAAAAAUAUUAGUUUGAAGGAAGAAUGUUCACCUCACUUUGGAAACAACAGAUUAGAAACAGCCUUUUGCCUUUUUUUGACAGAAUUUUAAACACCAUGACUUCUACAUACCCAUCUAUUUUAUUCAUUGUAUUUGUAAUAGAUUUUAUACCUUAACCACAGAAAAUAUUAACAUGUGAUUGGCUGGGAAGUGUCUGUUAAAGUCAGGACACUUCAAACAUAGUUCCAGUGUUGUGUCAAAGUCUGUUUUCCUGUGUUUCCCGUUACUUUAACCAGAGCCCAACCUUAGCAGUAACACCUUUAACACUUAAACAGAUGUUUAUAACUAACACUAUUGGAAGCACUUAGCGUGCAAGAGUUUAACUGUUAGUUAGAUAUUAACUAUAGGCAAGAAUAAUUAUACUAAAUUCAGCUUCCUCUGCUGAAAAUCAACUAACCUCAACUUCAAAGUAAGUGGCCAUCAAAUAAAAUAUAUACAAUAUACUACAAAAUUAAAUCAUUCUGCUCUGUGUCGUUACCAAUCAGCAUAUUCUUUAUUUAAGACCAUAGCUCCAUCGUAAAAACACAAAAAAUAAAUUUUGAACAUCAACAAAUGAGAAUGCACAUUAUCAUAUAUAUCACAAAUAAUACGAUACACACAGAACAUCAGAAAUAUCAAUACAUAUCAACACAGAACAUUAUUAAAACUUGUCAGCAUCACUCUCAAAAUGCACAGCUGCGACAUCUCAUUAGUGCUUACACUAAGUACAGUUUUGUAAUUAACUUAUAAUUGUUUUUGCAACUAAAUACGAGAUAAAUAUAUCAGUUGUUGAUAAAAAUAGCUAUUUUUUUUCAAAGGUGAAAACCUGUUUUUCACCAGUUUUUUUUUCCUCUCAAUUUGCAAUGUUUGUUCUCGUAUCAAAGCCUUUUUGCAGGUGAAAGAUGACAGUAGUGUUAGCCACAUACAAACGUUGCCUCUAGCUGAACAACAGUAUAUAAACUGUAUGUUUAACUCAUAGACAGACACACACACACAUGCACAACACACACACGUACGCUGCUAUUACUCUGUACUGGCCACUUUGUGUAAACAAAUCCCAUUCAAGUGAUAAUCAGUUAGGACUUGUUGGACGGGGUGUUUCACUUAGGUGGGGUUUGUGUGCUUAGUACAAACUUCAACUUAUUGGUGCUUGAAGUUGUUCUGUUGGGGUUUCUUUUCACCUCAGGAAACAAUGGGCAAACAAGGAUAUGACUGUAGGUUUAGUCGAGGCUUUUUUAAGGGAUGGCCUGUUUGUAACCUGUUCCUUUCCCAUGUUGUCAAAACAAAUGCACAUGGUGGCCCCUAGCGAAACAAUGAGCCAACAGCAUCCUGAGAAAAAGUAGUGAAAGAAACUAACCAAAUUAUAGCUAAAGAAGAAGAAAAUCCCAUCACUUACUAGAGCGAUAUUACAUACUACUAACAGACUACCUAACCACAGUAACUAAUAAGACACUAUACAGACAGAGUGACCACAGUCUGGCAGACGUAUCUGCACAGAGAAGUCAGGCUGUGCCGUCACUGUGAUGACAGAAUUACACAGUCAAAACUACAGAGGUAUUAGAGAGGAAAUCUUUACAAAAUUUGAAAAAAAAAAUGCCCUGAAUACAGAAGUCUGGCAUAAAGGAAGAAAUGAGCCCUCGUUCUGGGAAACAAAAGUAAGAAUGCAAUGCUUGCUGCUAAAUAUGUCACUUCCUGCCACAUCUAAAGAGACAAACAGCAGGACAAAGACAUACAGACACAGGCAUUUAUGAUUACACUUGUACUUAACAUAUUCUACUUCAACGCAACCAUAUCCUUUAGAUUUAUUUAUAGAAGACUAAUGGCUAUCUUCUAUCAUCCCUACUAUUAACAUGUCUUUAUUUUAACAUUUCUUUAUUUUAUUAUCAAUAGAUUGACAGUUGAAUUGUUUUUGUUCAUCUUUCAUUGUUAAAGUGACAUUGAAACCAAUCUUCCAAUAUUAACUUGAUUACUUAUAUUACUAAUAUAUACAGUAUGUGUAUCAUUUAAUUUUAUUUAUUUAUUUCAUGAUAUAUUUUGUUCUAGUUAGGAAUAUUGUUUUUCACAUUAUUUUUAUUAACAUUGUCUUUCAUAAUCAUAAUUCUGCUUUGGCAACACACGAUGCCAAUAAAGUCUAAUGAAAUGAAAAGAAAAAUCUAAUGAACAGUUUAAUCAACUAUAUUUGAAUCUAUGAAAUUGUUUUCUUUUUUUCUUUUUUUUAUUGCUUACAUGUAUCAGUGCAGAAUAUGAAUUCAUCAUUGUCUAUUCAGCACCCCACUGUAUUUACUGCCUUAUACUAGAGAAGCAGGAGGGCGGAUUUCAGAAAUGCAAUGUCUACACAAAGAAGGACUCAGUUUAAAGCGUGGAAACUUUCUCCUUUUUGUUUCAGAGACAUUUUUGUGAGAAUAUAUUUGGGGAUUUGCAUAUACAAGUUUACUGUAAUGUCAUGUGGCACCUCAGUAAUUUUUGAUUCAAAGUUGUGUCAGAGUCUGUCUAUACUUGACUUAUCUGAGCAGCAGUCGUCGUUGUCUUUGAAACGAGCCUUCCUGUAAGACUGAAUUUAAUUGUGAUUAGUUGCUGUGCGGCUUCUCGCCCUCGACAGCUACUAGUUAGAAGUUCAGCAUUAUGUUUUAGCAGUAUAUCUUCAAUAAAGCAAUAUAUUAAUAUAUUUAUAUAUUACUAGUAGGCCAUGACAGCUGGUAUAAGGACACUUGAGGUGUUAAAAUAGAUUAUAUGAUUGUUUAACUUUGUAUUUUGUAAUUGUUGAGCUCUGUAUGUUUUGCUUAAUAUUUUUAUGAUGGAUUGUUUUAUUUUCAGGGUUUUGUUGAUUGUCACUGAAUCUUUACAUGAUUAAUUGUUGUGUUACAGUUUAUAGGAGGCAUAUUCAAGCAUGGAGGGACUGAUGAUAUGCUGCAUGUGUCGCUGCGCAGAGCGUUAACGGGCAUAUUGUUACGCUUCAACACUGUAGCACAAUGUGUCUGGAUAAAAAAGAACCAAACCGGUCGUAUUUUGAGCAAAAUGCAAAUGUGAGGAGGUUUUUCAUUCACCUCUAAGCUGGUAAGCCAUUAUUCGCAUGACUGUGUGCACUAUUCUUCCUCAAGUUUUAUAGGACAUUAGAGGAUAAAAGUACAAAUCUGUCUUUGCUGAAAAAACUGUUUUGCUCUCCAACAGGAAUCCUGAAUUUAGACUGUUAGACUUCAUGACUUCAUACAACUGAAACGGCAGGUAGAUUAAACUUUCCAUCCACCUUCCAUCAUCCAUUUAACAAGGUUAACACUAGGUUAGGCCAGCCGGUGGCAACCAACCAUUUAACAACCUGCAUACCACAUCGUCACAUUUUAAAUCUAUACUAAACAAUCAAAAUACUGGCUGCUGUGUGCAUCUCUGCUACAGUGUGAAUGACUCAGAGUCUGGUGGCGAUGUUUGUCUGCUUUGAGGGAAUUAAACUUUAAUGAGCCAAAGAGGCCCACCACUAAAAUUAACAUGACGAAGAAUGAUAAGAUGCCUUACUGAUGAUGUCUUUUCAUUCAUAUUUCAGCUAAAGGGAGUAAAUAUUCAUCCACCGAUCUGCUUUUUCUACAUUUCAGAGCAUAACUCAGCAUAUCUCACAUUAGUCAAAUAUAGCAAGAAAGUAGAUCAUUUACCCACAGAGAACGUCUUCCAUUUUUCUAAACGCCUGUAUAAUAACCCAAAGUUAAAAAAUAAUAAUGUCAACAGCAACAUUAUAUCUGUCAUUUUUACUCGUCCAGGUCUCGUCCUUGUGGUCAGUCCUGGUUGAGGUCAAACAAGUUCAUUUUCCAUCUUAGAAAACAUUUCAGCAGACUGUAUGUGGCACAGUAAAGCAUCUUGUUUGACAUGUUAUGUGGUCUUUAGCAAUAAUGCAGUAUGGUACCCACCAGAGAGUUAUUGCUCGGGGUUCUUGUAUGGGUUUUGGGUGUGCAUAAGCUGCUGACUGAUUACCGCAUAUACUGUGUUAGCUUCCUAUAGUGAUAUACUGUACACAUAAUUGGAAUAAAA